AUGCAUUUCUCAACAUCGAUUCUCCUCCUCACCUCCACAGUUGCAGGUUUAGGCAUCAACUGUCGUGGCAGCGGCUUCUGUGACCUCACCUUCGGCUCCAGCAUUGGAGAUAUCCAGGACCAGAUUGGCAUCCUCGUUGCCGAUGGCCAAGGCGACAGACACUUUGAUACCGGAGCUCAGAUUGCUUGUACGCAGGGCAACCAGGGUAGCAUUUGUGCUUUCUACCAAAGUGGUGCCUCUGGAUCAGCAAGAGACGCGUUUGGUCACAUUCAGCAGAUCAUCGACCACGGGUGUUCGCUUUGCGGCAGUGUUCCGACACAGGAAGGAAACAAUGUGGAUGAUGGGCAACUGACAGUCAACUUUGUCAGUGACCCAUGCUGUGAGGGGAACUGUCACUGUUAG